AUUUGUCUUCUGUGAGGCAUUUCAGCAGCCAUGCCCAAAACUACACCACCCUCCUGCUAGAGGAUGAGAAGGGAAUUCUUUAUGUAGGUGCCAGGGGGGCUGUGUUUUCCUUAAAUUCCACCAACAUUGCUGACGGCUCCCAUCAGACGAUGGAUUGGAAGGCCUCUCCUGAGAAGCAGGCAGAAUGCUUGAAAAAGGGCAAGAACAAUAAGACGGAGUGUUACAAUCAUGUCAGGCUUUUGCAGCGGCUGAACUCAACCCAUCUGUAUGUCUGUGGAACAUAUGCCUUCCACCCCCUCUGCACAUACAUAGAUACCAACAAGUUGAUGCCACCGUCAGUCUUUGAGGAAGGGAAGGAAAAAUGUCCCUAUGACCCUAGCCAUGGCUACACUGGUCUGAUUGUGGAUGGCAGUUUAUAUACAGCAACACGCUAUGAAUUCCGCAGCCAGCCAGACAUCCGACGCAGCCUGUUCCAGCGGGUUCUAAAGACAGAGGAAUCCCCUUUGCACUGGUUGAACGAUGCUGAGUUUGUGGCUUCCGUGUUGGUCAGGGAGAGCACGAGCAGCCUGGUGGGGGAUGAUGACAAGAUCUACUACUUCUUCACAGAGCAAGCAGGAGAAGAGAGCACCUCUAUCUUUGACAAGAACCAGCUGCCCAGGGUUGCCAGGGUGGCCCGAGUGUGUAAGAAUGACCUUGGUGGCAAGAAGAUCCUCCAAAGGAAAUGGACAUCCUUCAUGAAAGCCAGGCUGGCCUGCUACAUUCCCUACUAUGAAGUCCUCAAGGAUGUUUAUACCUUGGAUGGAGGGGACUGGCGGAGUACUGUCUUCUAUGCAGCAUUCACCUUAUCAGCACAGUGGAGAAGCAUGGAGGUGUCCGCCAUCUGCCGAUACAACAUCUCUGAGGUGCAGGCAGUCUUUGAAGGGACUUACAUGGAAUACCAGGACUCCUCCCGCAAAUGGUCUCAGUACAGUGGGGAGGUUCCAGAGCCCCGGCCAGGAUCAUGCAUCACAGAUCGUGCUCGCAAGAGUGGCUUCAAUUCCUCCCAGGAUUUACCCAACAGCGUGCUGGAUUUUGUCAAGCUCCACCCCUUGAUGUAUGAAGAGGUGAAACCUACAGAUGGCGAUCCCCUGUUGGUGAAGAAAAAUGUAAUCUAUACCCAGAUAGCCGUAGACAGAGUCCGAGCCCUGGAUGGACAAGAGUAUGAUGUGCUGUUCUUGGGAACAGGUAACGGCUGGAUUCACAAAGCUGUGGUUGUUGGUUCCGUGGUCCAUAUCAUAGAAGAGAUGCAGGUCUUUAGGGUUCCCCAGCCUGUAGAGAAUCUCGUCAUCUCCAAACGGCAGAAGAGUCUAUAUGUAGGAUCCCAGAGUGGGGUCCUUCAGUUACCACGGUCCACCUGCGGGCGAUAUGUCUCCUGCUUCGACUGUGUCCUGGCCCGGGAUCCAUACUGUGGCUGGGAUGGUGUGAGCUGCAGGGAACUAGAGGAGACUCUGGACAGAACUUUGCUGACCCAGGACGUGCUGCAUGGCAACAUGGGCUGCUGGAAUGACUCUGCCCAGGCCACAUCCACGCAGAAGAAUCGGACUGUGUUAUGUGGUGACGAUGUGCUCUUGCCCUGUGAGCAGGCCUCUAAUCUGGCCCAGGCAACGUGGCUGCUGAAUGGCACAGAAGUGCUGGCAGAGGAGGGGCAAGGACGCUUCCACCUCGGCGUGGAUGGGCUGCUGGUGACAGAUACGCAGCUGGAGUACAGUGGGGAAUACCGAUGCUAUGCCAAGGAGAACGGUCUUCAGGCCCUGGUGGCCACCUAUGCCCUGACUGUGCUGCCCGAGCAGCUGGUGCCCCAGUUCCCCCCCACGGUGCCUCAGCCCUCCUGGCACGCUGCCAGCCAUGCUUAUGGGGACAUGAAGUUUAUCUACAUUGGCGUCAUCACAGUGCUAGGAGGGCUGUGCCUGGUGCUCAGCGUGGUUCUCCUCUAUGUCUCCUGCUUGCAGAAGCGCAGGGGCAAAUACAGCCUCGGGGUCCCCCAGACGUCCAGUGUGGAGCUGCAGACGGUCUCCUCCAACUGCAUAGGCAAAGGAGGACAGGAGGAUGAGGACUUGGGUACCUACCCAGAUGGCUGCCUGCAGAUCAUCCCUGGGGAAGCCACCUCUGUGGCAUCACCGUCCAAGGAGGUGCCCCCUAUCCCACCACCACCCCCUCCUCCACUACCGGCCGAGUUCACCAACGGCAUUACCACCUUGCCCAACAUGCUGCGCAAGAUGAACGGCAACAGCUACAUGCUCUUGCGGCAGAACGAGGAACCGUGCACUUCGCCACUCUACAACUCCUUUACUGAGGAGCUGAGCAAAAUCCUGGAGAAGCGGAAACACACACAGCUGGUAGAAAAGCUGGACGAGAGCUCCGUGUAGGGGGGACAGGGAGCCCAUUUCGCCGGACUCAUCCCUCCAGCCCUUCUGUGAUUCCUCCUCCCCAAUCCAACAGAACCAGUGUUACGACUCAGCAACUACCUCCGGAGCGGCCCUCCGGAGCCGCCACAGACUCCGCACUCAUUUCCUAUUUUUGUUGUUGUUGGUUUU